AGAAGAAUUUUAUAUUUAUUCAUAUUAUUCUCAGUUAUUCUUCACAUUUUAUUAUUUUUUUUAAUUUAUUUUUAUUUUACUUUAGUUUUGUUAACCGACCGUCUAAAAUAUUUAAUAUUUUCUUACAGAUAUUAUAUGAUUCACAAUUGGUUUACUUUUAUCCUGCUUACUCUAUUGCCGGCCAUAUUUUUAAUGGUAGGAAAUACAGCCAUUUUAAUUGCCUUCUGCCAAUGGACUAAACAAAGUAAAAAAUGUCAAAGUAAUUAUGCCAAUGCUAGCAAUAAAAAUGCCCAAAAUCGCUAUAAGCAUCAAAUGAAACUAACCGUUACCAUUAUCAUUGUCAUAACACUUUAUCUAGUGGGUGAGUUGCCCGCCCAUUUAACCUCACGCAAAAGUGCCGUUAAUCUACUUUAUGGAGGUGAUGUUUCGAAAGUAGAUUUUAAAACCAUGCAACGUUUAGAGGUCAUAUGCAUAACGCUAAAUGCCAUACAACUUAGCAUGAAUAUUAUAGUAUACGCUGUGAUAAAUCCCUCCUUUGUGCCAGAAUUUUUUAAUUGCCUUAAGGGUGCAUCGGAUGUCUGCUUUCGUUUUAUGGGUUGUCUGGCCUUGGCCAGCUGUUGGCAUAAAACUUGCAGUUCGCGAAAGAAGAAACAUAAAAAUUCAGAGUGUGCUAAUAAUGAGGGUCCAAAUAAUGUGAGUACCGAUUUUAACGGUCAUAGUUUGAGUGAUAUUCAUUGUUAUGAGGAGAACGAAAAUGGACCAGAUGAAAGCACUUUAGAUGUGACGAGCCAGGGAAAAAGUGCGCGACAAGAGCUGGAAAUUUCUGUUAUAUGUUUAGAAAAUGUAAAGCAAUCAUUUGAUAAUCCUUCAUUUAAUUUAGAAAUAGUAGAAUAA